AAACCAACCAACCCCGUACACAGCACGUAUGUCACGUACAUGUCUGUACCGGAGCCACCGAAGCGGCUUCCGAUAAGUAUCCGCGCGGUCCAGGGAAUAGAGAGGCAACCGGCCCCGGUCCAGCAAUCGGAUUCCGUCGGAUUCCCAUCAUCCCGUGUUCAGCGCCGGCAACGCAAUCUUUCUCUCUUUUUGUCUGUCUCUCUGUCUCUUCAGCUGUCUCUCUUGGGGUCGUUGGCGAGUGUGCGUGUACGAGGCGGCGCCCACUCGUCUUCAGAACGAACGAACGAAGCUGUGGUCGUUCCAGCCGGCCAGGAGCAGCCCAUUCACUGUUCAGUGCUGAUCGGGAUCAGAAGGUGUCCGCUCUCAUCGCCGUUGCUUCAGCAACUCGUGAACUCGCGCUAUACCGUACACUAAACCCCCCGUUCGAGUGAUCGUUCUUUGGAAACAUUCUUGGUGUGCAGUGUCGGUGAAACACCCAAGAACCAUUGUGUGGUGUAGUGUUCAACAGUGAUCAGUGUCGUCUAUAGAAACGGAACAAAUGCAUCUUCAUAGCAUCCGCUCUCAAGUCACAUCUACAUAACGCCGACCGACAGCUGCUACUGCAACUUCCCGGGCAGAAGAUCCCGAUGCCGAUUGGUGGAAGUGCAUGGAAGCAAAUCCAGCCGUUCCAGUUGAGAGUAAGGGAACCGGUAUCGCAUUAUCCCGUCCACCCCUGCUCCGACGCUGUCAGCUGUGAGUUGCGCCAGCCACGAGCCCCGACACUCCCGACCAGCAUCAGGGAGCCACUAUUGACUACCUUCGGGUUCGUCGGUUGAAGCAGCAGCAUCCAGUUCAGUCUGCCUACGACCGCGAACGGAUGAGCAUCGUGUCGUGCCUGGACACGGUUUCGCUGUUACAUAGUUCUUCGGUUCGUUUCGUCGUCUCGGAGCGCCGGUCUUUGUGCUCACGAAUCACAUUGUUAAAGAGUGGUGUAGUGCUAUAGCGAAGCCGCCCGGUAGACAGAUCGGCUAGCAGCAAUCGGCUUAUCGAACGAACGAUCAACGGUUCCGGUCUGUGACAAUCCUGCUGACGCCUGAUAACGGCAUACGGUGGUACCGUAGGAACACAGCCGCCUGCAUAUCGUCAGUGCAUCGUAAAUCGAUCGGAAAUAGAACAACAACUACUGAUUACACUGAUCUGAUUAGGAGCGAACGUGAUCGCCGUGACAGGAAGGUACCUAGAUCCCUCCUUCAAUUGUGAGUUCCGUGGGUGAUAAGUGAGUUUGAUAGUGAUGCAGUGUGGCGUUUCCUGGUAAAAAAAAAGGCAAAGCACUUCGUAUGUCGAUAUAGCACGUGAUCAUUUGUUUAUUCGAGCGAUUCCGAAGUCCUUACCAGCCUACUACGCUCUCGUCGUUAGCUGAUUGCGAUUCACUGAACUCCUCUCAAACACGCAGACCGACACAGGAAGUGGUGGAAGACAGCACGACACACACGCGGCUCGUCGCAAAGUAGUGACCCGAUCGGAACCCGAUAUCGCGCCAAUCGAUCACACCCAAGAGCUCCGCCGGACAAAGGGGAGGAGGGUGGUGAAGACAAUCCACUUCCACAAUGGUACUGGUGCUGAACGGAAUCAUACAGGAUGAGCGGCCGAUCAACACCCAUGCGCUGUUCCUGGAACAUCCCGUCUACCGCGAGAUGGCCACACAGCUACUUUCGAUUCCGACCAAAACGGUCGGAGCACCGGGGUUGCUGUAUGUUUGUCAGCGAGAAAUGGCGGCUGUCGCACCGCACGAUCGAAAUGUGAACAUUAUCGGCUCGGACGAUGCCACCACAUGCAUCAUCGUUGUCGUGCGGCACUCAGGUUCCGGCGCAAUUGCGUUAGCACAUCUCGACGGAAGCGGCACCGAUGAAGCCGUUUCGGCCAUGGUCACCCGCGUCCAGGAGCUCGCCUUCGGCUAUCCGGAGGGACGUAUCGAGCUGCAGCUGAUCGGUGGCUUCAGCGAUCCGCAGGGCUACGCCGAAGAUCUCUUCGGUACCAUUAUGCAGUCCUUCCAUAAGCAUCCGCUCGAAAUAGACCUAACACAAUCGUGCGUCGGUGAGCUGAACACGAUCACACGCGACGAUGUCAACUGGCCGAUCAUUUAUGGUGUCGGCGUAAACAUCAAAACUGGCCAAAUCUUUCCAGCCACCUUUCCCGACAAGGGUCCCGAUCUGCCUCUGCGGAUGGCUCGCCAUUUCACGGGAAGCCAUCAGGUGCUAGACAUAUACGAUUCUGCCGUGGGCAUGCUACGGAUCGGUCCAUUCAACUAUAAUCCAUUGCGCGGUGUUAACCUGUGGCUAUCGCAAAGCGACGAAUUCAUUCUGAAGCAUCUUUCUACCAGUCCGGAUGUGGAACCGCCACACUUUGUCAUGCAAGUCCGUGCCACACUUAGCUACAUACAAGAUAAUCAAUUUCCGGCGAUCACCGUCUUCCGCAACAACAAUCCCCAUUACUUCCGACGCGACGAAACCACGGGCUGCUGGGCUCCGGUGCGGUACUGAAAUUGGACUCCUUGUCUUUUGAAGGUGUGGUGUUACGCCAUCCACAGUGCAGAUCAGCAGCACACAGCCAUGAUUUCGUUAACCGCUAAUAUCAACGACGUUCUGUGAAGCCUCUGAAGAACACACCCCCUGAACAUACAUUACUGCUCGUAUUUAUCAUCGUAGAAAACGUACGCCUGCGUACGCUGCGUACAUCCACGUUAUACACAUUAUGCUUCUUCCUGUUACAUGUUUUCUUUAUGUCAUUUGCUAUGGCUAAAGGUUUGUAAGUUCUGUGCCUUUUUCCCGCUACUGUUUCUCUAAUGAGCUGUCUCUCGCUGAAUUGCAUUACCUAUAUCGAUCAUUUAAAGGACGUAUUACAAAUGUGUCACGGCAAACUUUGGUCUCGAUGUACGGCUAUAGGAAUUCAGCAUGAAUGCAUUGUUUUGCUUUGCCUUUGUUUGCCGGAAAGACAGGGGAUGGAGGAGAGAAAAAGAACAUUGACCGGAAUUCAAUUCGAUAGCUAUAGUUGGUUUAGCGUCUCUUGGUACCGUACUUGGUGCAUAUUGGAUGUCCAGUUACAAUUAUUUAAUAAAAAUAAAUGCAUUAAAGUUUAAUUAAA